UCUUUCUUUUGUUUGCUUGAUCAAUUUGACAAACUCGCACCCAGACUCGAAAAGCGCCCCCCCCCCGCCUCCCCAACUCUCUCUCUCUCUCUCUUCCUCGUUUUGCAUGCAGGAACACGACAACAGCACUGGCUUGUCACUGGCGGAAUGCGCGUGUCUCGACCUGCAGCGCGCGAUACUCGCAGCAGCAGAAGCACCAAAGCAACUGUCUGAUUCAUCAGCACACGCCACGCCGACCUUGGACUCGCUCCCGCAGCCAGACUCCAGCGUGCCCGAGCCCGCGGCUGAUGAAAGUACCAGCGCGAGUUCAGAUGCGAGCCAUGCGACGACGAAGCUCCAGCGGGCCGAGAUGCGACGGAGCGGCGCGCCUUCUUCGGUGGUCUUCUUGUCAGCCUCUGGCCGCCGCUUCAUGGCCGCACUAAAAACCUGGAUGCCUUCGAGUGAGCUCGAUUGCGAAGCGGCACCCGUCAGCUCCUCAUUCUACUCUACACAACAUCCAAUUCCGUAUGACCAGCCAUUACAUAGCCGGAUUGUUGAUUAUCACGACCAUGUCCAACCUGUUCCAAGUAACCUUACGGCAACAGCAGGAGUAGCUCCGUUGUCCAAGCGAGUAGUACCUCCGCCAAACACCCAUGCAGAACAACCUGUCCCAAGUGACGUUCAUCCAACAGCUGCGUCUGCAGGAGCAGCUCUGUUGUCCAAGCGAGUUGUACCUCCGCCAAAGACCCGAAAGCGCGCGGUCAACACGGCCAACUCUCCCCAGUCGUCCUUCCCCUCGCACAUGCGCAAUGUCAACCAUCCAGAAGCGUUUCCUCCAUGGAGUCAGUUUGUGUAUGCCCAGCCCGACACGCUUGGUUCUGUUUUGGAUCCACCUCCUCCUGCACCAUCGGCCAAACCACUCGCAAAAACGACGACCAAGAUCGGCAGACCGCGCAAAUCGACGAACUCACUUCCAAUAGAAUUGAUGGAAACGGGCAAUUCUGCCUCUGCAGCUGCAAGAUCAGCUCCAGAGUCGCCAAACAAUACAUCUCAACAGUCGUUUUUCGCCGAUGUACCUUCCCUGUAUGGACUUAUCGGAUCACGGAUUGCAUUCAUUCCAAUCAAAUGCCAUCGUAAAAAGCAACGUGAAUGGACCUACGUUGAUGACAUUGGCACCCAUCGUUUUUCUGCAAUGUGCUCGCUGAUGGGGACCAUGUUCGCGCUUGGCGACGAAGCGCUCUACAUCAACCACAGUCGCGUCUGGGUACCCGUUUGUCAAAUUCCACAAAGCACCAGCCCAAGGUGGAUCACCUCAACGAACUCGGCGUUGUACCUGUUGACGAAUGCGCGCAUUCUGAAGCUCAACGCCGCGUCAUUGCGUACGAUUGUUUCCCAGCAUUUUCGGAUGGAGUUGUCAACGUCAUCCUUUGUUUCGCCCGAGCGGCACGCGACGCGUCUGCAGCCAUUUUCAGCCAUCGAGCCGUUUGCCACCGUGUGUUGCGACGCUGAGAAUAUCACUUCGUUCUGCGUUGACACUCAGGAUAUCAUCUAUGCACUUCGAAGUGAACGCAUCUGUUGCCGGCCUUGCAUCAUGCCCACGCGCGAGUCCGUUCUGCAACCCCUGGACGACAUGCGGUGGUUUGACAUUGGUGUCGCUUCCUCCUCGACCUGUCUGAGCUCUGUGGCAGACCGCAUUUACUGUCUGAGCAGGGGCAAGAUCUGGGCGCGGACGAAUUUGACGCUCGACAAGGUACUGCUCGCGUUUGAACGCGGCGCGAGCGCCGCUAGCCGGGCCCCAGCGCUGAGUGUGCAAUGGAUUGAAUUCAGCGACGCGCCCAGUGUCACCAUAAUCAGUGCCUAUGUCCCACCUGCGAUUCUUCCUGCAAUCCCGAGACCUGCGCCCCAGCCAGUGCCGUUCGGAGGUGGAGGGAGCGGGCCAGCCAUGGUUCAAUCGCAGACAGACUAUCUUUCUUCGCCAGGCAUGUGGCCGCCGCGGACUACCCAUGACGACACAGCUUUCCAUCACUCGCACGAGCAGGGCAUGCACUCGCCGCAGCUGCCAGCGUACUCGCCAUUCGCAUCAUCAUCCAGGGCAUCCUCGCCAAUACACACAGUCUCAUCUUAUUCAUCGUCUGGUUCGGCCGUCUCAGUCUGGACGCCUGCGCAAUUCAGAGCUGGCGCACACGGAGCAACAACUUCUUCGCCUGAUCUUGGGCACCGAACCCAAUUUCCAAGUUUGCUACGGUCGCUCCCAGCCCUCGCCUCCUCAUCGCGCCUGCCGUCCUCUUCAGGCUUACAGCCGUUCGCUGAGACAACAUCUCGGCUCGGGAGCGGUGAAGGUGCCGCCGAGUCCAGUCGGAAUUCACCGGACAUGCUGCUUUGGCAGCAUUCUCGCGAUGCCAUGUCACACGCGCCGCUGCUACCGACGGAGCCGUCGUUCUCGCAGACGGGGGAUUGGUCGUCUGUCUCUCUUGCGCUUUCUCCACGAUCCUUGUCCACCUUUGACAGUGCUUCCGAGAUGAGUUUGGCAAGUCUCGCAAACCUCAACCCGCCGCAGUAGUCUGCGCACAUGCCUGGACCGCGAGACCCUCGGAAAGAGCCGCUGGGAUCACUCCCUGGCAAUGAGCUUCUUGACCGGCAGAGACUCGACAAGCAAGUCCGGUCGGAGGGGCGCUCGUGGCGCUUCUAAUUUAAGGAUACCUUUUUGACACGUUUUCUUGAAUUUGUCGUUGUUUUUAUUUGCUUUUCCAAUCUUGUCUAUUCGUUCGAAUGAAUCAGAUCCGAUUUUUUCCCCCA